UUGUGAGUCCUCCCUUAUUCCCUUUGCAUGUUUUUAUCUGAUAAAGAAAACAAAUUUUCAGGCUUGAGAAAGGAGCUUUCGGUGAACUUUUCCAGUUCCUUAUGAUACAGAAGCUUCAGGUUUGAGAAACAGCAUCUCUGCUGUGCUUGCUGUUCCUGCGUUACCUGCUGUUCUGACCUACAUCCCCAUGAGAUCCGCCACUUUACCAAGAAAAGGAAGUUCAGACUGAGGAAGUGAGAGGCUCACAAUCCUAAACUAAGUGGUGGAACGAGGAUUGGAAGUCUGAACACAAAACCUGUGCUUUCUCCACUCCAGCUCACAGCAUCCCAACACUGCCAGUCCAGUAAAUCAAAAAAUGAUGAAGCAACAGCCUUCAGCUGAGGCAUUUAAGAUGACGAACACACAUUCCCAGCCACAGCUGCAGGACCCAGAAGCAGAUCCUGACAGGCUCAGGAGGUCUGGAAGAAGCUCCCCUUGAGAGUAGGAGCAAUAGCAGCAGCAGCAACAGCACUGCUACAUUUGCGCCCGCGGCUGGAAACGAUGCUCCUCGCGACGUUUAAGCUGUGCGCUGGGAGCUCCUACAGACAUGUGCGCAAUAUGAAGGGGCUGAGGCACCAAGCUGCCUUGGCCAUUGGCCAGGAGCUGAACUGGCGGGCACCUGGGGGCCCGACCCAGAGUGGGUGGAUCAACCAGGUUCGGCGUCAGAGCUCUCUGCUUGGCUCUCAGCUAGAAGACACUCUCUACAGCGACCAGGAGCUGGCCUAUAUCCAGCAGGGAGAGGAGGCAAUGCAGAAGGCCCUGGGCAUCCUCAGCAACCAGGAGGGCUGGAAGGAGGAGAACCAGCAGGCAAACGGGGACAAAGUGCUGAGUAAAGUGGUCCCAGACGUGGGCAAGGUAUUCCGGCUGGAGGUGGAGGUGGACCAGCCCAUGGAGAGGCUUUAUGAAGAGCUUGUGGAACGCAUGGAGGCCAUGGGAGAGUGGAACCCAAAUGUCAAGGAGAUCAAGGUCCUGCAGAAGAUUGGAAAAGAUACCGUCAUCACCCAUGAGUUGGCUGCAGAAUCAGCAGGAAACCUUGUGGGGCCCCGAGACUUUGUGAGUGUGCGUUGUGCCAAGCGCCGAGGCUCCACCUGUGUGUUGGCUGGCAUGGCCACACAGUUUGAGGAGAUGCCCGAGCAGAAAGGUGUCAUCAGAGCUGAGCAUGGUCCCACUUGUAUGGUGCUCCAUCCCCUGGCUGGAAGUCCCUCAAAGACCAAACUCACUUGGCUGCUCAGCAUUGACCUCAAGGGAUGGCUGCCAAAGACUAUCAUCAACCAGGUCCUUUCACAGACCCAGGUGGAUUUUGCCAACCAUCUGCGCAAGCGCCUGGAGUCCAGCCCUGCUCCUGAAGCCAGGUGUUAAAGACCAACUUGCUGCUCCCAACUGUUCCUAGCUGCAUUGGCUUGCAUGCUCAUCAGGAAAAUCCCUGCCAGAAGCCUCAACGUCUGUUUAAGAUCUUUAUCUGAGGAUAGUGUGAUGGGGUGGAAGUAUGUUUAGAGUAUGGUAAUAGGACUCAGACUGGUAAAAUUUUACUACCAAGAAAAUGGGGACAAGGCUCUUAGAAGAAACUUCUAGCUUCUUCACUGAUUAGCUACGAAAUGAAGGUUAAGGGUCCCAAAAUAUUUGUAAAACUUUUUCCUGGGUCUAAUGUCUACCUGAAAACAUCUUAAAAAUGCUACUGGCUGAUACGGGGUGCAGAGGUGCUAAAUACAAGGACUGGGACCUCAUGCUUUACGGGCUCAAGAGCUCCAUUCUCUGCAGGCAGUGUGUAUGGACAUUCAGGGUCUUACAAAGGGGCUCCGGCAACCCUCCCCUCCUACACCAAGUAGGUAGAGAGCUGCUCCACUGGACAAGCAACUCCCCACAGCAGGUGCCUGCUAAAAGCCUAGUCCAAGUUUUCUUGAUGAAAAAGUACAAAACUAAUUAUUAGACUGCUUUCCCUACUUCUUAGACGAGCAAGUCAGAAUAAAGAAUCAUAACUAACACACAAACUUCAGUCUGUGCAUGUUUUAAAAUUCUGCUCCUAGAAAAAAAAAUCUAGUAAAUUGCAACUGCAUACUAAAGGAGUCCUGGACAAAGAUUUUAAUUAAACUAAAUCCCCUAGCUCAUUAAAAGGAAAAACUACUGGGUAGUUAUGUCAUUCGACUAGAAUCAGUUACCAGAAUCUUUCAUAAAAAUUUAAUUUCCACGAUAUGCACAAGCCUUCAUCAGUUCUUAAACUCUACAACUGGUAGCAUUUCAAGAUGAAGAUUAUGACUGAGGAUUUUUAUUUACCUAAUUAAAAGGAAGGACAGUACCAAAUAUGAGAGAACGAACGGCAUUACCAAGAUAAAAACAAAUUUUAUUUUCCCGUAGUGAUUGUUUAGACCUAAAAAUGGAACUGAAUCUUUAGUUCAGAUUCUAUUAUAUUAGCUUUCAGCUUGGCUUGGGCUGCCACUUUAUCUGCUUAGUAGGUCAGUGUUUUACUAUUUUGAGGAGAUGGCUGGAAGAAGGGGUAAUAUGGUGUUAGCAAAUUCCCUUUCCAAGAUUCAGAGACUUUUUGCUUUGAAAA